AUGCCCGCCCGGAGCGCCGUGCCACCGGCAGAUGUGCAGCUGCUCCUGGACCACCGCAGCCGCCCGGCUCUCAGCUCUUCUCUCCCUUCUCUCCCCGCAGACGACGUCUCCCCGUACUUUAAGACGGAGCCCGUGCGGAGCCAGGUCCACCUGGAGGGGAACCGCCUGGUGCUGACGUGCAUGGCCGAGGGCAGCUGGCCCCUUGAGUUCAAGUGGCUCCAUAACAGCCGCGAGCUCACCAAGUUCUCCCUGGAGUACCGCUCCUCCCGCUGCAGCUUCCGCAACCGCAUGGGAGCCCUGCUGCAGCGCCAGACCGAGGUGCAGGUGGCCUACAUGGGCAGCUUCGAGGAGGGCAAGGGGCAGCAGCGCGUGUCGCAGGGCGACGCGGCCGUGGUCCCCGCUCCGCGCAUCGCCAGCUUCCCCCGGCCCCAGGUCACCUGGUCCCGCAGGAUCCCUGCGUCCCCGGCGCGGCGUUUCGCAGCCAUCACGCUGGACAACACGCUGGUCAUCCUGUCCACGGUGGCCCCGGACGCGGGGCGCUACUACGUGCAGGCGGUGAAUGACAAGAACGGGGACAACAAGACGAGCCAGCCCAUCACGCUGGCCGUGGCCAGUGAGUUGCGCAUCAGCGGGCUGCUGCCCCACGACACCGGCAUGUUCCAGUGCUUCGCCCGCAACGCCGCCGGAGAGGUGCAGGCCACCACGUACCUGGCCGUGACCAGCAUCGCCCCCAACAUCACCAAGGGCCCCCAGGACAGCACGGUCAUCGACGGCAUGUCCGUGGUCCUCAACUGCGAGACCUCGGGGGCUCCGCGCCCCGCCAUCGCCUGGCAGAAAGGGGAGCGGAUCCUGGCGAGCGGCUCCGUGCAGCUGCCGCGCUUCACCCUGCUCGAGUCGGGCAGCCUCCUGGUGAGCCCCGCGCACCUCGACGACGCCGGCACCUACAGCUGCCUGGCCACCAACUCCCGCGGCGUGGACGAGGCCUCCGCUGACCUCGUCGUCUGGGCCCCCCCCCCUGACGGCCACGUCCCCCUGCCCCGCUCCAGGCAGCUCCCCCACGCUCCGGAGAGCCCCGUGGCCGCCCUGAGCCCUCUGGAGAAACGGGCCAUCAACCUGACCUGGGCCAAACCCUUCGACGGCAACAGCCCCCUGCUCCGCUACGUCGUGGAGGUCUCCGAGAACAACGCGCCCUGGACGGUGCUGCUGGCCAGCGUGGACCCCGCGCUCACCUCGGUGGCCGUGAGGGGCUUGGUGCCCGCCCGCUCCUACCAGUUCCGCCUGUGCGCUGUGAACGACGUGGGCAGGGGCCAGUUCAGCAAGGACACGGAGAGGGUGUCCCUGCCCGAGGAGCCGCCCUCGGCGCCCCCCCAGAACGUCAUCGCCAGCGGCCGCACCAACCAGUCCAUCAUGAUCCAGUGGCAGCCGCCCCCGGAGAGCCACCAGAACGGUGUCCUCAAGGGCUACGUGAUCCGGUACUGCCUGGCCGGCCUGCCCGUGGGCUAUCAGUUCAAGAACAUCACCAGCGCCGAGGUCAACAACCUGCUGCUGGAGGACCUCAUCAUCUGGACCAACUACGAGAUCGAGGUGGCUGCCUACAACAGCGCUGGCCUGGGCGUCUACAGCAUGAAGGUGACCGAGUGGACACUGCAGGGAGUGCCAACGGUGCCCCCGGGCAACGUGCAAGCUGAGGCCACCAACUCCACCACCAUCCGCUUCACCUGGACCCCCCCCAGCCCCCAGUUCAUCAACGGCAUCAACCAGGGCUACAAGGUGAGGGUGCCGGGCCCCGUGGGCCACCUCAGCUUCGGGGACAUCCUGGACACGUCGCUGCGGGUCAGCUGGAGGGAGCCGCCGGAGAAGAACGGCGUCCUCACGGGCUACCGCAUAUCCUGGGAGGAGUACAACCGCACCAACACGCGGGUGACGCACUACCUGCCCAACGUCACCCUGGAGUACCGCGUCACCGGCCUCACCGCCCUCACCACCUACACCAUCGAGGUGGCCGCCAUGACCUCCAAGGGACAGGGACAGCUCUCCUCCUCCACCAUCUCCUCGGGGGUGCCCCCAGAGCUCCCCGGGGCGCCCACCAACCUGGGCAUCUCCAACAUCUGCCCGCGCUCGCCGCUGCCCGAGCAGGAGUACAACGGCAACCCCGACUCCGUGGGCUACCGCAUCCGGUACGCGCGGGCGGACGGGCGCGGGCGGCCGCUGAGCCGCGAGCUGCCCGACGGCGCCUGGGCCGUGCGCGCCGCCGGCCCCAACGCCAGCGCCUUCCUGGUGGACAGGCUGAAGCCCUUCACCUCCUACAAGUUCCGUGUGAAGGCGACGAAUGACAUCGGUGACAGCGACUACAGCGAGGAGUCGGAGUCGCUCACCACCCUGCAAGCUGCCCCCGAGGAAGCCCCCACCAUCCUCUCCGUCACGCCGCACACCACCACGUCGGUGCUCAUCCGCUGGCAGGUACCGUCCCCGCGACCCCUCUGCGAGGGCUCCGGGGCUCUCCGGAACCUGAGCAAGCACCGGCGCUACGAGAUCCGCCUGAGCGUGUACAACGCGGCGGGCGAGGGCCCCCCCAGCGCCCCCCAGGAGGUCUUCGUGGGCGAAGCGGUGCCCACUGCGGCACCGCAGAACGUGGCGGUCCAGGCAGUCACGGCCACCCAGCUGGACGUCACCUGGGACCCGCCGCCCCCCGAGAGCCAGAACGGUGACAUCCAGGGCUACAAGGGGGGCUACCGGCUCGUCUACGAGCCCUGCUCGCCUGUGGAUGGCGUCAGCAAGAUCGUGACCGUGGACGUGAAGGGGAGCAGCCCGCUGUGGAUGAAGGUGAAGGACCUGGCCGAGGGUGUCACCUACCGCUUCCGCAUCCGUGCCAAAACCUUCGCCUACGGGCCCGACAUCGAGGCCAACGUCACCACGGGGCCCGGGGAAGUUCCAGACGAGGGGCUCUGGGACAUCCUCAUCAAGGACAUCCCCAAGGAGGUGACCUCCUACACCUUCAGCAUGGACAUCCUCAAGCAGGGCGUCAGCUACGACUUCCGCGUCAUCGCCGUCAACGACUACGGCUACGGCACCCCCAGCACGCGUGUCAGACCCGAACCCCCCCGACCCCCUCCUCUGUGUCCAGCCCAGAAAGCCAACCCGUUUUAUGAGGAGUGGUGGUUCCUGGUGGUCAUCGCGCUCGUGGGGCUCAUCUUCAUCCUGCUGCUCGUCUUCGUGCUCAUCAUUCGCGGGCAGAGCAAGAAGUACGCCAAGAAGUCGGACUCGGGGAAUGGCGCCAAGGCGAACGCCCUAGGCCAUGGCGAGAUGCUGAGCCUGGACGAGAGCAGCUUCCCCGCCCUGGAACUCAACAACCGGCGCCUCUCCGUCAAGAAUUCCUUCUGCCGCAAGAACGGCAUCUACACCCGGUCCCCGCCGCGGCCCAGCCCUGCAAAAAAAAGCAGCCUUCCCUACUCGGACGAGGACGUGCCCAAGUACAACGCCCUCAUCCCUGCCGAGAGCAGCAGCCUCACGGAGAAGCCCUCCGAGGUCUCCGACUCUCAGGGAAGCGACAGCGAGUACGAGGUGGACGCGGGCCCGCAGAAGGGACAC